AUGGUUAAUUUUACCAUUGGUCAGUUCUCGCCUCUCUUUGUUGGGGUCCGCAUCGCCCGGGGGUGGUGUUGGCUCCCGUGGUGGUGGGCUCCGCACCCGAGCGCGGCCACCCCGCCGUCGAGGGCGUGGCGAACGCAUCUCAAGCGAGCAAUUGCGAACUGCGAAUCCCUCCAAUGAUGAGAGAGCUGACUCGACCUGAUCUUUCUGGCUGCAGACGAAAUCCGUGGGCUCAUGGACAAGCCCACAAAGUGAGUUCCUGAUUACAGAUUAGGGUCUCGGGGUUCGUGGGAGUGGCGCGUACAUGCAUCCAACCCAUGUGCGGCGGCAGGGCCCACAUUCACGACGACGCCCUCGUGUCAGCCCGUCGCCGGCUGGCGGGCCUUCGCUGGCUCGCGCCUGACUCGGCUAGCGCCUUCGCGCGCGGGCGAGGCCACACGGUGUGGCAGUUGUUGUUAUAGGUGUUGACGUGAUCGAGUUGCUGAUUAUUCGUCCCUUUGGCUUCGUACGUGUGCGAUGAUCCUCUUGAUCCUCACAGCAUCCGUAACAGUGAGUUUCGGGCCGGUGACCUCCGGUCGUGUACGUGGCCACACAAGUGCUGAUUUGACCUUCUCAUCUUGCGUUUGCGUUGUUGUUCCUGCCUCGUAGUGUCCGUUAUCGCCCACGGUGAGUUUAAUACGAUUCUCAUCUUUGACCGUUGACUCGCUGGUUGCUCAUGCCUGAGUUUCUCCCUACGCCCUCCUCCAGUCGAUCACGGCAAGUCGACCCUCACCGACUCGCUGCUCGCCAAGGCCGGUAUCAUCGCCUCCGCCAAGGCCGGUGACCAGCGUGCGAUGGACACCCGUCAGGACGAGCAGGACCGUGGUAUCACCAUCAAGUCGACCGCCAUCACCAUGUUCUUUGAGCUCCCCAAGGACGAUGUGCCCGACAUCAAGCAAAAGACCGAUGGUGCGUCCGCGAUUUCCUCGGUUCAGGAAGAGUUUCAGACAGUUUUUCACGGCAGUGAACUAAAUGCUUUCUCUCGUCCCUCUUUUAGGUGGAGAGUUUUUGAUCAACUUGAUCGACUCCCCCGGUCACGUCGAUUUCUCCUCCGAAGUCACCGCCGCCCUCCGUGUCACCGAUGGUGCCCUCGUCGUUGUCGACACCAUCGAUGGUGUAUGCGUCCAGACCGAGACCGUGCUCCGUCAAGCCCUCGGUGAGCGCAUCAAGCCCGUCGUCGUCAUCAACAAGGUCGACCGAGCCCUCCUCGAGUUGCAGAUCAACAAGGAGGACCUUUACCAGACCUUUGCCCGCACGAUCGAGUCCGUCAACGUCAUCAUCUCGACCUACAACGACCCCGCCCUCGGUGACUGCCAGGUCUACCCCGAGGCCGGUACGGUCGCGUUCGGUUCCGGUCUCCACGGCUGGGCCUUCACGCUCCGUCAGUUCGCGACCCGCUACGCCAAGAAGUUCGGUGUCUCCAAAGACAAGCUCAUGCCCAAGCUCUGGGGCGACAACUACUUCAACCCCAAGACGAAGAAGUGGUCGACCAAGGCCCAGGACGCCGAUGGCAAACCCCUCGAGCGUGGUUUCAACAUGUUCGUCCUCGACCCCAUCUUCAAGAUCUUUGAUGCCGUCAUGAACUUCAAGAAGGACCAGAUCCCCACCCUCCUCGAGAAGCUCGAGAUCCCCCUCACCUCGGACGAGAAGGACCUCGAAGGCAAAGCCCUCCUCAAGGUCAUCAUGCGCAAGUUCUUGCCCGCCGGUGAUUCGCUCUUGGAGAUGAUUGUCAUCCACUUGCCCUCGCCCGUAACGGCCCAGCGCUACCGUGUCGAGACCCUCUACGAGGGCCCCAUGGACGACGAGUCCGCUGUCGGUAUCCGUGACUGCGACAAGGCCGGUCCCCUCAUGCUUUACGUCUCCAAGAUGGUGCCCACCUCCGACAAGGGUCGUUUCUACGCCUUCGGCCGUGUCUUCUCUGGAACGGUCCGUGCCGGCCCCAAGAUCCGCAUCCAGGGCCCCAACUACGUGCCCGGCAAGAAGGACGAUCUCUUCGUCAAGUCGAUCCAGCGCACCGUCUUGAUGAUGGGACGCAGCGUCGACCCCCUCGAGGACUGCCCCGCAGGUAACAUCGUUGGUCUCGUCGGUGUCGACCAGUUCUUGCUCAAGUCGGGAACGCUCACCACCUCCGAGACGGCGCACAACCUCAAGGUCAUGAAGUUCUCCGUUUCGCCCGUCGUGCAAGUCGCCGUCGAGGUCAAGAACGCCAACGACUUGCCCAAGCUCGUCGAAGGUCUUAAGCGUCUGUCCAAGUCGGACCCGUGCGUCCAGACCUGGAUCUCCGAAACCGGUGAACACAUUGUCGCCGGUGCCGGUGAGUUGCAUCUCGAAAUCUGCUUGAAGGAUCUCGUCGAGGACCACGCCGGUGUGCCCCUCAAGAUCUCGGACCCCGUCGUUGGUUACCGUGAAACUAUCCAGGCCACGUCGUCGAUGACGGCGCUGUCCAAGUCGCAGAACAAGCACAACCGUAUCUGGAUGACCGCGCAGCCGCUCGACGAGGAGGUCGCCAAGGCUGUCGAGGACGGCAAGAUCGGCCCCCGCGAUGAUUUCAAGCUCCGCGCGCGUUGCCUCGCCGACGAGUACGGAUGGGACGUCACCGACGCUCGUAAGAUUUGGUGCUUUGGUCCCGACGGACAGGGCCCUAACUUCCUCGUCGACACGACCAAGGCUGUUCAGUACCUCAGCGAAAUCAAGGAUUCGUGCGUGGCCGCGUUCCAGUGGGCGUCCAAGGAAGGACCCAUGGCCGAGGAGAUCAUGCGUUCGACCCGAUACAACAUCAUGGAUGUUACGCUCCACACCGAUGCCAUUCACCGAGGUGGUGGACAGAUCAUCCCCACGUGCCGACGAGUAGUCUACGCCUCGGCCUUGCUCGCCGACCCCGGAUUGCAGGAGCCCGUGUACAUGAUCGAGGUGCAGUGCCCCGAGACCGCCCUCGGUGGUAUCUACUCGACCCUCAACAGGAAGCGUGGUCACGUCUUCUCCGAGGAGCAGCGAGUCGGCACGCCCAUGUACACCGUCAAGGCGUACUUGCCCGUCAACGAGUCGUUCGGUUUCACCGGCGAGUUGCGCCAGGCCACUGCCGGCCAGGCCUUCCCCCAGAUGGUGUUCGAUCACUGGCAAACCAUGCCCGGCAAGUCGACAGAGAAGGGUGGCAAGGUUGAGAGCUUGGUCUUGGAGAUCCGAAAGAGGAAGGGUCUCAAGUUGGAGAUUCCUACGCUCGACCAAUUCUACGAUGUACGUUUGCAUUCUCUAACCCUGCCUACCUUUUUCCCUGCUGAUCAUCUUCACCACUUUGCUUCUCACAGAAACUAUAA